CUGGCGCGGGCGAUGCUGCUUUCUGGCGCUGGCUCGGGCGAUGCGUUCGUGGCGGCUGGCUUGGGCGAUGCUUUGGUGACGGCUGGCUUGGGCGAUGCUUUCGUGGCGGCUGGCUUGGGCGAUGCUUUGGUGGCGGCUGGCACGGGCGAUGCUUUGCCGGCGGCUAGCUCGGGCGAUGCUUUGGUGGCGGCUGGCGCGGGCGAUGCUUUGGUGACGGCUGGCUUGGGCGAUGCUUUCGUGGCGGCUGGCUUGGGCGAUGCUUUGGUGGCGGCUGGCGGGGGCGAUGCUUUGGCGGCGGCUGGCUCGGGCGAUGCUUUGGUGGCGGCUGGCAUGGGCGAUGCUUUGGUGGCGGCUGACACGGGCGAUGCUGCGGCUGGCUUGGCGGCCGACAUGGGCGAUG